ACACACACGUCAAAUUUUCUACGUGUGCAUGCCAUGCAUCCAUAGUGCGGUCAUAGUACGAGAAUACGAGGGACGUACGCGCUUGUAGUAAGCACUGAUGCUGAUGCGUGAAAACCAUGCUUUCCGGAUAGCGUACAAUCCAAUCAAUGGUCAGAGGGCAAGAAGUAUUGUAAGCAUACAACCAUGAGCAUCGAAUAUUGACAAUAGCUAGCCUUGGGCUUUGGCUUGUGCCUAGAAUAUUUUAGACAACAUUUUCAAAUGAAAAUCUGAAGGAGAAUAUCAUUCAAGUAGCAAAGUUAAAGUCAAUUCCACAGCCUGACAAUGUAUCUGCAACUAUUCGCUGAUUUUUUAAGCAUCAUCACCAUACUGAUGUGUCUUGUACAAAAAAUACCACAGAUUAUGAAUCUGAUCAAACUCAAAUCAGCUGCUGGAAUAUCACUGCUUGGAUUAUUUCUGGAACUUACAAGUUAUACAGUGAUGACUAGCUAUAAUUACACAAAUGGAUACUCUUUGUUGUCAUACAUGGAAUAUCCGAUUAUUCUGGUGCAGGAAUUUGUACUCAUAUAUCUCGUUCUAUUGUACUUGAACCUUGUGAAUCCAGGUUCCAUCUUGGUCACCAUUCUUUACUUCUCUAUCUUUGGCGCUUUCUUGUUUCAAAUUAUCCCGAAGAGUGUGUUGACUAUUCUAGCGCCAAUGUGUACACCGAUCUCUGCAUCGAGUAAAGUAGCUCAGCUGGCAGCUAUUUUACGUGCAAAAAAUGCUGAAACAAUUUCUGUGCUCACAUGGGUUAUUUCUACACUGACAAAUCUCACUAGAGUGUUUACGAUAUGGAUGGACUCUGCAGAUCUUGUUUUAUUGAGCAACUUUAUUAUCUCGGUAUCGCUUAGCGGCAGCAUAAUGCUCUCUACUAUAUAUUUCAAACGACAAGUUAAGCAAAAGUAAAUUGGUGUAAAAAAUCUUAAUAACAGUUGCAAUGAAUUUAUUCAAAAAGUGAAAUCUUGCCUGAGACUUGAUAUUAUUCAAGGCUUUAUAUCUUUUUUCCCUAGAUUUAUACUAAUUUUAUUAAAUGAUAUUAUCAGAUUACUCCUGAUGAUUAAAAUUGAUUGUGUUGUAAUGUGCCGAUGUAUUAUAUUUUUGUGAUUUACGUUGCGCAGACUAUGUUAUCCACAUGAUUCCUUGUUACUGUUAAUAUAACAAAUAUUAUUUUUAAUAAUUUUAUUGCUUUUACUAUUUAAGCUGUAAUAUUGUCACUAAAUGUGCCGUCAUUAUACUCACCAGUUACAAAUAAUAAUGAAUCUAUUGUAAUAUACUUUUAAGAAUACCGGAAUAUUAUAUUGACACCUAAUGAUUUACAGUGUAUAUUUAUGUGAAUCAAUUGGAAGUUCUAAAUACAAACAACAACUUAUUAGCACUAAGUAA